CUCGCACUAUAAAUAGGCGCAGAAUGGUACGAUUCAAACAUAUAAAAAAAACUCAAAAGUAUUAUUUCAUGAAAAUGUCUGGGGUUAGGAUGUUAGCAUCAUCACCAAUGUUGCUGUUUCUUCUCAGCCUUCUAAUGGCUUCCUACUUCGACACCACAGCUGGACAAAUCGGAGUAUGCUUCGGGCAGAUGGGAAAUAACAUACCAAAUCCAGCGGAAGUUGUGGCUAUGUUCAAGCAGUACAGCAUCCCUCGAAUGCGGAUGUACGGUCCCAACCCUAACGCUCUCAACGCUCUCCGUGGCUCCAACAUCGAGUUCAUCCUCGACGUUCCCAAUGGCGACUUAAAACGUCUCGCAGACAGCCAAGCGGAGGCCAACACAUGGGUCCGCGACAACGUCCAGAAGUACAACGAUGUCAGAUUCAAGUACAUCUCGGUCGGAAACGAGGUGAAACCAGGGGAGCCGGGGGCGGCGGCUCUCUUCCAGGCGAUGCAGAACAUUGAUAGAGCGCUUUCCGCAGCACGCCUCAGCGAUAUCAAGGUCUCCACGACUACAUUCAUGGGAGCCUUCGCGGACACGUAUCCUCCGUCGCGCGGACGAUUCAAGGAUGAGUAUAGAAACUUUCUCCAACCGGUUAUAGGUUUCUUGGUGAACAAGCGAUCUCCUCUGCUCGUGAAUAUCUACACUUACUUCGGCUACAUGAACCGCGACGUCUCUCUAGAAUUCGCUCUGUUCCAACCGAAUAGUAAUAAUGAAUUCACUGACCCCAACAACCAGCUCCGUUACCAAAACUUCUUCGACGCCAAUCUCGACUCAGUUUACGCGGCACUGGAGAAAUCGGGCGGGGGGUCGUUGGAUGUCGUGGUGUCGGAGAGCGGUUGGCCCACGCAGGGAGGACCCGGGGCAAGUGUGCCGAAUGCGGAGGCUUAUGUUAACAAUUUGAGACUACAUGUUAAUAAGAAUGGAUCUCCGAAAAGGUCAGGGAAACCUAUAGAGACUUACAUAUUCGCCAUGUUCGAUGAGAACGGGAAGCAGACGUCGCCUAAUGAUGAGUAUGAGAAGUACUGGGGGAUGUUUUCUCCUACUACUAGACAGCUUAAAUAUGGUGUCAAGUUCAACUAAUCUCCUUGGAGAGACUUCUUGAAGAAGCAAGGGCGCGAUGCGGUAAAUCGUAUUUGUCUAUUUGAGGGUUUUUUUUAUGUGUCUUAAAAAUGUGUGAACUUGUUGUAAUAAUAAGGACUAAUGAGCCUUGACCGUUGUUUUUACUUCGUAUGUUUCAAUAAUGAAUGAGAGUUGUUCGAUUAUAGUAAA